UAAUAAUAAAUUUCUCCUUUCAACAUCUUUAUUUAAAACUGAAAUAUAUGUUUUAACCCCAACAAAUACUGGUUUUACACAAUUAUCACCAUCAACUUUAUCAUCCUUUCAUAUUUUUUCUUCCUUUAACUUUCCUUAUAAACUAACUAACAAGUUAAAUAAUCCUCUUCAUAUCCAAAUAGAUUACAAGGAAAUUCUUGCAUUAAAUGACAUAUUUGAUUUUAUAAACACUACAAAUUCUUCCCAAUUAAUACCACAAAUUAAUAUCCUCACACAGGAUAUACAAUUAAUAUAUGACAUAACUAAUUUAACCAUAUAUCAAAAUCAACUUUCUCAACUUUAUUCUCUUAUUCAAAACCUUGAUUCACAAGAGCUCCAUUUCCAUACUGAUGCCUCAAUUCAAAAUCUACAAUCACCAAAUAUUAAAUCUGCUACUAUUCCCUAUCCAGACACAACACGUGCUAAACUAGAAGCAAUUAUCUCUCUUCUUCUUGCAACUUCCAAUAAUACUCAUAUACAUAUUCACCUAGACAAUAAGAUAGCAAUUAAAAACUUAAAACAAAA